ACUUCAGGGACGAAAUAUAUAUUUCGUAAAUUUCGUUAAUCGAUAUGCCACCACCACCACCCCCAUAUGGCUAUGAAGAUCCAUAUCACCAUCGCCAUCAUCAUCACCAUCAUCGCCCAGGUAUCGAAAUUGAUAUUUUUCCCGGUUUCAAUCGUCCAUACUAUCCUCCACCUCCCCCACCGCCUCCUAGAGCUGAGGUAGUUGUCGUAACACCAGCAGCCACAUAUGCACCUCAACCAGCUCCCGGCCAGUACUACAACAAUGGGGCGUACUAUAACAAUGGAUAUAAUAAUGGUUACAAUAAUGGAUACAAUAAUCCACCAUAUCCACGUUGGUAA